GCGACGGUAGUCUGUGCCACUGCGCGUCGAGAUCACAGCUCGAACGCAGCUCCGCAGUAUGGACAGGGGAUACGGGUCCUGAGGACAUUCAAUCCGACAUUUUCAGGGAAAACAUCUGGCUUAUUGCUGUGCACUGGACUUUGUCGCCUCUUUGAAUCCACGGACUGGUAUUUGGAAAAGGACACAUUUUCAGAAAAUACACCUGUUUGUCACAUCGAUCGUCUUUAGCCUGCGUGCCAUUCACUGAGGACUGCUUGUUUACCCAAAGCCAAAAUGGGGAGCCGGGGCCACUACCGGUACCACUGGCAGUCUCACAAUGUGAAGCAGAGCGGCGUGGACGACAUGGUGCUUCUGUCCAAGAUCAGCGAGGACGCCAUCGUGGAGAACCUCAAGAAGAGAUACAUGGACGACUUCAUAUUCACAUACAUCGGGCCGGUGCUGAUCUCCGUCAACCCCUUCAAGCAGAUGCCCUACUUUGGGGACAAGGAGGUGGAGAUGUACCAGGGCGCUGCGCAGUAUGAGAACCCUCCCCACAUCUACGCUCUGGCGGACAACAUGUACCGCAACAUGAUGAUCGACCGUGAGAACCAGUGUGUCAUCAUCAGUGGCGAGAGUGGAGCGGGGAAGACCGUGGCAGCCAAGUACAUCAUGGGCUACAUCUCCAGGGUGUCGGGCGGAGGACCCAGGGUCCAG